UUCUGUUUUAUGAAUAUUAUCUAACCAGAGGACUGUGGGAAAGGCAGUUGGAGGCAGUAAAACAACUGAAAACACAUCUCAUUUCAGUCUUUAGCAGCUGCCUGUGAGGACGUACACAGCGAAGGUGUUUCAACAGCACUUCUGCUCAUUCAAAGAGAGAUGGGAAUAAUGGAUAGUAUUAAGGACACAAUGUCUAAAGCUGUGUUUUCUCCUUCUACUCUGAUGUCCGGCCGAGGUGGGCUCCACAUGGCUCAGAUCAUUCUGUGUCUGGUCACCUUUCUCCUGGGUGCCUUCAGAGGAGGGAGCAGCCAUACCUACUGGAACUACGCCAUGUUCACCUGGGGCUUCUGCCCCAUCAUGACCCUCAUCAUCACCCUCAUUGAGAUGUUCAAGCUGGAUAUAAUACUCAAUAUGUUUUGCCUGGACUGGUCUGACUUCGCCACAGGGAUGGCCAUGUCCUCUGCGCUCAUGACUGUCUCUGUGGCUAUCACCUAUGCCAACUUCUAUGCAUGCCUGAAAUGCCUGUACGGCUGGAUAGUGACUAUAUGUGCUUUCUUGUGUGGCUUAGUCUACCUGCUUGAGGUGGUGAAGGAUAAAUUUGUGGACAAGAAGAAAGGGAGCUACCUGGCUGCUCUGCCUGGAUUCUGGAAAGUUUUGGAGGCAUUUGUGAGCUGCAUGAUUUUUAUAUCACUGACUGGUUACAGAGACAAGCCGGCUCUGAUCUUGUGUGUUAUAGCAUAUGCUAUUCCUUUCCCCAUCCUGCCUGUAAUCAUAGCCACCAACAUCCUCAAAAAACUGAAGAAGUGUUUGCCCUUUAACUUGGACAGGUUUGUGUUUAUAUUUCUGGUGAUCUCAGUUUUGCUGUAUGUAUUUGCUGCUAUCAUGUGGCCCAUUUUUAUGUUCAAAAACAAUCCUCGUCCCAGUGACUGUCCACCCAGCUUCUGUAUCUGGGCCAUUCAGUUUAUGGUUGCGUUCAUGACCUAUGUGAACCUCAUUCUUUUCACACUGGACCUCAUUUUUACCCUCCUUGGUAUCUGUGGCUUUAAACGCACAUAAGCUUACUGCUGAUUUGAUCUUUAAGUGUGCCUUUCAACAACUACGUACUUCUAUUAAAUGUAAAUUUGAUGCACACAUCAAAGGAAAAACAAACCUAAGUAAAUACUGCACAUCUCAUCACACAGGAUUAAAAGUCAAGAGUAGAGAAUUCUAGAUUUUAGUUUCUAGCUAA